AUGACGAAGGCUACAAGACGCCUGGGGGUCCUGGCUCUCGGAAAGUUCAAGCUCGGGUACAUCUUCAGCGCUCCGGGGUUGUUGGCAGGACCCCUGUACAGCUACACGGAGUACGGUGGUCUUCCUCAGAAAUCGGCACCUAAGACACUGGUGCUGUACAAGAUACUGACUGCAGCAGCGUUCUUCAGUGUCCAUGAUGUCACAGGGCAUGUUUUCCCCCUACACAAAAAUGGAGAUCUUGGCUUUGUGGAGAGCACGCUGUUUCUGCAAAGGAUCGUCUACUUGUGGAUCUCUUCGUUUGUCGCUAGAAUGAACUAUUACUGGCUCUGGUCGCUAAGUGAGGGUCUGUGUAACGCUGCAGGCCUGGGGCGAGACGCUAGGGGGCACUGGGAUGCCAUAUCAGACUAUUCCUUCUUAACGCUGGAGUUGUCGACAAAUAUGAUCCAUUUCACCCGGAAUUGGAACAAAACUACUUCCGCUUGGCUGAAAAGGUUGGUGUACUACCGUUUUUCACACAUGCGCACAGCGCUGACCUUUCUGGUGUCGGCGUUGUGGCACGGGCCACAUCCGGGCAUCUUCAUCGGCUUCAGCGCAUGGGCUGUAGUUGUCAGUGCAAACAGAAAGGUGGCUAAGCUUGACCUGCAUUCGCGCCUUCCAUCUGCCAGGUGGCGCUUCUUGCACACUUUCAUGUCAUGGCUGACUACACAAUUGGCGGUCGGCUUCAUCCUCACAACAAUCCAUCUGCAGGGCGUGGAGCGCAUUCUCGUUUUCUGGAGCUCCAUGUACUAUAGUCUGCCGCUAGGGGCGCUGCUGUGCCUCCUACUGCCGGUGUAACUCUGAUGCUCAACAC